AUGGGACCCACCAUGCCUCCCAGUAAGAAGGCCCAGAGCCCCAGUAGUGGAGCCAGCGCUUCACAGGGCAUGAGCCCACCGUACCGACAAGGAGAUGCUGCAACAGCGGCAUCUGAGGCGGAGGCGGCAGACCUCUCCCUUUCUUUGUCCGCCUCCUUUUCCAAAGCUGAAGACGAGGAACUAACAAGUCUUUCCUGGCUCCAUGAGAGCACUGACCUACUCAACAGCUUCAGCCAUUCAGGGUUGCGUAGCGUUUCCCCUCUGCUGGACCCCGACGGUCAGCACCCCCGCUCGCCUUCUUCCACGUCGCCAUGCCCAGACGACCCCCUGCUGGGCGAUGCACACUCGGCGUACGACUUGGCGGCAGGGGCCAAUAGAAAACCACCAUACUCCUUCAGCUGCUUGAUCUUUAUGGCUAUUGAGGAUGCGCCAAACAAGAGACUGCCAGUAAAAGAUAUAUAUGGUUGGAUCCUUGAGCAUUUCCCUUAUUUUGCAAGCGCCCCUACAGGAUGGAAGAACUCUGUACGCCACAAUCUGUCACUAAACAAGUGCUUCAAGAAGGUGGAUAAAGACCGCAGUCAGAGCAUAGGAAAGGGAUCGCUAUGGUCAAUAGACCCCGAGUACAGGCAUAACCUGAUACAGGCACUCAAGAAAACACCGUACCAUCCCUACUCAGCAGGCCUGCCGCCUCCGUCCACUUCCCCACCAACUCUGUCACAGACAUUUCACCACAGUCCUCCAUUGUGGGCGGGGAGUCCCCUCUUCAGGAAGAAUGGCGGAGUCCUCCUACAAGUUCCUCGUAGUGUGAUUCAAAAUGGAGCCCGUGUCAGGAGCCAAGCUCUCUUCCCUGUUAUAAGACCUGUUCCUGUAAGCCCAGUUGGGACCAGAACUUCAGCCAUUAGAUCAUCCAUAGGAGACUAUCUAAAACGAGGCCAGGACAGCCCUUCCUGCUACUCUCCUCCACCCUGCAGUGAAGACCUUCAGGAAGACCACAAUUACAGCACCGCCAAAUCCCCGAGCAGGCUGGGCUCUUCCCAGGCCACGGCCCCUUCAUCUCCGACGCAAGACGACGACAUUAUCGCCGUGGAAAUACAAUCUGACGUCAAACCCGAGCCUCGGGAGAUCCCGCUGGAUUCUCACGUCGCGACCGCCGCCGCAACCUACCUUUCCCAGCAAACGCUUCGGGGACAGAGACGGAGCCUGGGGGCGGGACCCGGGACUCUGGCAGGGAGUAGCUUUGCAUGGACCAAAAACCGAGCGAGGGGCAUUAGCGACACGCUGCCGCUUAAGAAGCGGCGCGCGGUGGAAAAGCCGCCGGAGAGCGACGACGAGGAGAUGAAGGAGGCGGCGGGGUCGUUGCUCCACCUUGCCGGGGUCCGGGCUUGCCUCAACAACAUCACAAACCGCACCGCCAAGGGCCAGAAGGAGCAGAAAGAGACCCUGAGAAACUAA